AACUUGUCUUCUUCAACCGGCGAGUCUUCACAGUAGUAUAGUAAGAUACCCUGAAAGCUUCAGCUGAUCACAGAUAUGGCCUUUACGAGAAUGUUGAGAUGCCUUUCUCGAAGCUUUACAACCGUUUCUUCCAGCUCACCACGAGUCUGUAUCGUCGGUAGUGGACCCGCCGGAUUUUACACCGCCGACAAGAUUCUGAAAGCGCAUGAAGGCGCCCAAGUCGAUAUAAUCGACCGCUUACCGACGCCGUUUGGGUUAGUCCGAUCUGGUGUUGCUCCAGAUCAUCCUGAAACCAAGACUGUGACAAACCAGUUUUCUCGGAUAGUUCAAAAUGGCCGCUGCUCGUUCCUUGGGAAUGUCUCUCUUGGAUCUUCGGUAUCUUUGUCUGAGCUACGUGAUCUGUAUGAUGUGGUAGUGCUUUGCUAUGGUGCUGAAAGUGACAGAGCUCUUGGCAUUCCUGGAGAAGUACAUAUCAUGAACUUGGAUUUGGCAGGGAUAUAUUCUGCUAGAGAGUUUGUCUGGUGGUAUAAUGGGCACCCAGACUGCAGAAACUUGGCUCCAGACUUGAAGAACACAGAUACUGCUGUUGUUGUUGGUCAGGGAAAUGUAGCUCUUGAUGUGGCCCGUGUACUUUUACGAUCAACCUCUGAGUUGGCAAAAACUGAUAUUUCUUCCCAUGCUUUGGCUGCUCUAGAAGAAAGCUCUAUAAGAAAAGUUUAUGUGGUUGGCAGACGUGGACCAGUGCAGGCAUCUUUCACUGCAAAGGAGCUACGUGAAAUUCUUGGUAUCAAGAAUUUGUACAUUCACAUUGAGGAAGCAGAUCUGCAUAAAACACCCGCUGAUGAGGACGUACUAAAGAAUAAUCGGAUCAAUAGGAGAAUUCACGAGUUGCUCUCUAAGGCAGCUACUUCUGCAGCUCCAUUUCCUACUCUUGGCCAACGUGAACUACACUUUGUUUUCUUUCGAAAACCAGAAAGGUUUUUAGAAUCAGAUGCUAGACGCAGUCAUGUAGCUGGUGUGAACUUUGAGCGCACAAUUAUUAGAGAAGAUGGGUCUGGGAAACAGGUUGCAGUUGGUACAGGACAGUUUGAUGACUUGGAAUGCGGGCUGGUUUUGAAGAGUAUCGGUUAUAAAUCAGUAUGUGUUGAGGGCUUACCUUUUGAUCCCCGGAAUGGCAUAGUUCCAAACAUUAGAGGUCGUGUCCUAAGUGAUUCUACAGGAGACCUCACAGAGGUCGAGAAGGGUUUAUACGUAUGUGGUUGGUUGAAAAGAGGACCAACUGGAAUCAUCGCUACCAAUCUUUACUGUGCUGAAGAAACUGUUGCCAGCAUUUCUGAAGAUAUCAAGAAAGGAAUUCUACCAUCCACAUCUGACCCAUCAAAGCCGGGGAGGGAGGGCCUCCUUCAACUACUGGACAGUAAGAACUCCACAGUCAUCCCAUUCGAGGGCUGGCAGAAGAUCGAUGCUGAAGAGAAAAGGCGAGGGUGUUUGAAAAACAAACCCAGAGAAAAACUCACCAGUUGGCAGGAACUACUUGAAGUUGCCAGGAAAUGAGGAUUCUCACAAAUCAGAACAUAAUUCGGUUUUGACAGCAAUGCCCCCCGCCCGAUUCAAUCCUUUUCUGAUUACGAAUGACAUUUCACUUCUGGGUUAGUAUACAUGACUUGAGCUGUAUUGCAUUCUUGGAGUUUAUACAUUAGGCUAGAAAUAAUUAUUUCUUGAAUAAUUGAAGCUCUUGUAUGGUGCUAAUGUUGUUAUAGUCCCAGAUGCUCUUGAGAAACAAAAUUCUUCUUAUAAUUUAAUCAUUUUUAGAACAAA